UAUAAUUUUAUUAUUAACCUAACAUAAAUGAUACUUUUGAGGCCUAACCUAAUGUCAGAUAUAAAACUUGAUACAUUUUACCUCUAGUAUUUACUACCAUUUAUGUUUUUUAAAUAAUUGUUUUCGACGGUUCUGAAAUAAAUUACAGUACCUUCAUUCAAACCUCAAUAAAUCAACUUUUAACAAAAUGUAUAACGUAAAAAUCUUACGAUCCUUUAUCAAUAAUGAUUGAAGAAUAAAAACAAUAACUGUAACAAAAACGAAUCGAUAAAUUUAAUUGUAAUUGGAAAUGACUUCGGCAACGGACAGGAUUAUUAAAUUAUAUAAAUAUGAAAGUUUCUUAUAUUUUCUUCUGUGGACUGGUGCAGUAUUAUAUUCCAUUUAUGAAGUAUUUUUAAUUAAUUCUUAUUUUACUAAUUAUGAUGAUUUGUAUGGUGAUUUUGCACCAGGAUGGACAUGGAUUGGAAGGAAACAAGAUGUUUCUGAUGAAGAAUGGAGAAUAUGGGUACCAUUGAUGAUAAAAUUAAUACCUUGGUUAUUUCUGCAUCACUUUAUCAGUCAUUUUAUAAAGAUUAUAUCAAAUUCUAUGCUAUUGUGUUGUUGGUACAUCCUUAUAUCUUUAUUAUUUUUGUAUUAUUGUAUUGGAACCUUCAGUAUGUUAUGUGCAUUAAUGCAUCCAAGUAUACUCUAUAUUUUAACAUACAAACGUGGCAAAUCUAUUAUAUGGAUGAUAAAUAUAUUAUUUUUAUUUAUAAUACAUUUUCUUAAAAUUCCGGGUGGUUUCUUCCAAAAUACAUUGAAAUUAAAUGAUGAAGAACACUACAUUUUAACUCAUAUAUUAUGUUGGGUUCAACUAAGAAGCAUUAGCUACAGUAUGGAUAAUAUAAAAUCACAUUUAGAAAAUAAAUGUGAUUAUAUACUCUUUUUUGUACAAAAUCUUUUAUACAAAUUGGCAUAUUGUUUAUAUUUGCCUACAUUAUCCUUAGGACCACUAGUUUUAUAUCAGGAAUUCAUUAAUUCUGUAAAAGGAUCAUUUCAAUUUUUGAGACCUGCAAAUCUUGGAAAUUUUCUUUUUAAUGUCAUUAGAUACAUUUUCUGGAUACUGUUCGCUAACUUGUUUUUGCAUUUUCUUUAUUUUAGUGCAAUACAAUAUCAUCCAGAGGUUAUUAAGGAUUUAAAUCCAUGGGCUUUAUAUGGAUUAGGAUAUUGUAUGGGGCAAUUUUUUUUAAUUAAGUAUGUCGUAGUAUAUGGACUCAAUCACACUUUAUGUGCAAUAGAUAAUGUAAAAGCUCCCCCUCAACCUAAAUGUGUAGCAAGAAUUCAUUUGUAUUCUGACAUGUGGAAAUAUUUUGAUCAAGGCUUAUACAAGUUUCUUAUUAGGUAUAUUUAUGUACCUUCAUUGAAAUCAAAUUUUAACAAAUUACUCGCUUCGUUUUUAUGUUUUACAUUCGUUUUUUUAUGGCAUGGGAUGCAGAUAAACAUUUUUAUUUGGGCAUUUUUAAAUUUUGUAGGAUUAAAUAUUGAAAGUUUAAUCAAAUUAACUGGUAAAAACAAAUAUUUUUUAAAUGUACGAAAAAGAUAUCUGUCAGAAACAAAUGCGAGACGAUUUCAUUGCAUCUUAGCAAGUCCUCUAUUAGCAAUUUCUGUAAUAUCUAAUUUUUACUUUUUUGUUGGAGAAGAAAUUGGAAAUACUUACAUCUCUAGAAUACUACAUGAUACAUGGUAUAGUACAUUUGUAUUACUCUUCUUCCUUUAUUGCUGUUGUCAAGUUUCUAUAGAUAUAAAAAAUUGGGAAUUACAAAAAUAUUCAAAACUAUAAAAAGCUGAGAAUUACACACCACUAUACAAUAUAUUUUGAGAAAAUGUAUAUUUUGUUCAUAAUUAUAUUAUCAAAUAACUUUUAAACAUUUUAUUGUUUUAAGUACAAAAUGAGUAUAAAAAUACAAUAUAUAACUAAAAUUACUUUUUAUAUUAACAUUGUUAUAAACCUUUAACGUUUAUUACAAAUGAUAAUAAAAAAUUAGUACAAAGUA